UCAUAUUGUGUAAUAUUUUCCAGCAAUGUGUGGAGGAACAUGGCGACACCGUGGAGGCACUGUUGGAGGUGGACUACAGGCGCUACGAGUACAAGUGUACUAGAAACCAUAUGCGGUUUUAAUGGAAGGUCUGCUACGUUUGCUGCUUUGUCUUUGCGAGGAACGGGGACCGUCGCUGGCUCGGGAAAGGAGAGACUAUCCUUCAGGCCUGAAGACACAACCUCAAUAGGCAACUAUAUUCUGACAAGUAGGCACAAAUCAAGGUUGCUUUACCCCACACCAAAGCCUUGCUGCUGUAAAAGGAUACACAGUGAUGCCAAGUUGAAGGACCCGUUCACACUAGCCCAAAAAGACUUGAACCAUUUGUAUGAUGAUAUUAAAAAGGAGCUUUUUGUGACCAAAUCAGAGCUGAAGUCCUUAUGUGACUACUACUUUGACGGGAAGGGCAAGGCCUUCCGACCAAUGAUAGUGGUGCUGAUGGCCCGGGCCUGCAAUAUUCACAGCAACAGAGACGGUUCUGUCUGUCUGUCUAGAGAUCUGCUCCCAGGUCAGCGGUCCAUAGCUAUGAUCUCUGAAAUGAUCCACACCGCCAGCCUGGUCCACGAUGAUGUCAUCGAUGGCUCGGACAAGCGGAGGGGGAAGACCACCAUCAGUGAAGUGUGGGGGGAGCGAAAGGCCAUUUUAGCUGGAGAUUUCAUCCUCUCGGCAGCCUCCAUGGCUCUGGCCCGUAUCGGCAACAACACAGUGGUGUCAGUGCUGUCUCAGGUCAUAGAGGAUCUGGUGCGAGGGGAAUUCAUGCAGCUGGGCUCCAAGGAGAACGAGAGCGAGAGAUUCAAGCACUACCUCGAGAAGAGCUUCAAGAAGACUGCCAGUCUUAUAGCGAACAGUUGUAAAGCAGUAUCUAUUCUGGUGAACUCGGACCCAGAGGUACAGGAAAUAGCCUUUCAGUACGGGAGGAACGUAGGCAUCGCCUUUCAGCUGGUGGAUGAUGUGCUGGACUUCACAGCAUGCGCCAGCCAGCUAGGAAAGCCUUCGGCUACUGACCUUAAACUGGGCCUGGCAACCGGACCAGUCUUAUUUGCCUGUCAACAGUUUCCUGAGCUGCAUGCUAUGAUUAUGAGGCGGUUCAGCACCACUGGAGACGUGGAUCGGGCCUGGCAGUAUGUCCUGGAGAGUGAUGGUGUGGAUCAGACCAACUACCUGGCCCAGAGCUACUGCCGGGAGGCCAUCCGGCAGAUCAGCCUGCUCAGGCCCUCCCCGGAACGGGACGCCCUCAUCAGGCUCACUGAGAUGGUCCUCACCCGCGACAAGUGAGCUCCCACCCCCAGGCUUCACUUCCUGUCCUGGGGAAGCCCCCACCCCACCUCCCCAUGGAGGGAUAGAUGCCAGGAGGAGGAUGAUGAUGAUGAGGAGGGAAGGUGGUUAAUGUUUCAUCAGUGACAUUCCCAGUGGGUCCUGAUGGAGCAUUGUUUAUGCAGCUUUUUGUACAUAACAUAAGUUAAAGGUGGAACUAAACGGUGCAUACACAGGUUCUUCAGGACUGACUUUUGAGUGAGAUGCACUGCUUCACAUUACCCAUGGCUUCUUUCUCUCCUCUGGAAAACCCUUAGGUCCUCACAGAAAACAGUAUAUGUUAUUGGCACCAGUGGUUUUUAAUGCUAGUCCUGUAGGACCCCUGCAUCAGGCUACAGGUUUCUGAACCAACCCCCCACCUAUUCUUCAAUUGAACUUCAACAAAGUGUUAAAAUAGCAUGUCAAUGAGGCAUGAACACAGACGUAUAUGCACAGGGACUCUCCAGGAUCAUUGUUGAAACAUGAUUUUCAGUGUAUACAGGCUGUAUUUGGUAAUCAAAGGCAGUUAUUACACGUGAUGCUUGGGGCGGGAUGGACCCUGCAGAAUCAUUGUAAUUCCAUGAUGAGUCAAGAUGGAGUAUCAUUAUUGUGUGUGUGGAUCUGUAUUAACACCUUGCUCGAAGAUCUGCCCGCAGUCCGCACCGUAACGGCCAAAUGUCAAACGUUUGUCAGGGUGACUCUUGUCAAUUGGAGAAUGUUAUAUUGUAGGUAUUUCCUGUCACAAAUGCUUAAAGGUCCCAAACAGUCAUUCUGAUUCCCAUGUAUAACACAGCCUUUUGAGUGACUAAAACAUCACCCACAAUAUUUGAAAGUUUGAGAAAUAAAUAUUUUUUCUUCUCUCAUGUCAAACUACCACCAGGAAGUCCGAAAAUAUUGAGUCAGUGGGCGGGCGUUCCCAAGAACCGCCAAUGUCAAGCAACAUGGAGGCAGUGUUAGUGAGAUUAUCUCAAGCAAAUGUGCUGAAACACAAAAGGAACUCGAACAACAUUGAAAUUGCAUGCAACAUCCAAUCCUGUCAUAUAUCAAAUCAUGGUUUCACUAAUUAUUUGUUUAUCCUGUUUGGUUAUUGUAACUAUCAAUGUAGACAAUGUUGGCUAUAUAAUUUAGUGAGCUAUCCCAAAUGGAAUUGUCAGCACUGUUUAUCACGCUAGCUGGUUCACCUUGAACAAUUUCAUGUGUUUACAAAACAUUAGGAACUAUUUUCCUAAUAUUGAGUUGCAACCCCUUUUUGCCCUCAGAACAGCCUCAAUUUGUCGGGGCAUGGACUCUGCAAGGUUUCGAAAGAGUUACACAGGGAUGUUGACUCGAAUGCUUCCCACAGCUCUGUCAAGUUGACUGGGUGUCCUUUGGGUGGUGUACCAUUCUUGACACACACGGGUAACUGCUUGACCGUGAAAAACCCAGCAGAGUUGCCGUUCUUGACACACUCAAACCGCUGUGCCUGGCACCUACUACCAUACCCCAUUCAAAGACACAUACAUUUUUGUCUUGCCCAUUCACCCUCUGAAUGGCACACACACAAUCAUUGUCUCGAGGCUUAAAAAUCCUUAUUUAACCGGCCGCCUCCCCUACACUGAUUUCUUUAACAGGUGACAUCAGUAAGGGAUCAUAGUUUACACCUGGUCAGUUUGUCAAGGAAAGAGGUGAUCAUAAUGGUUUGUACUGUGAGACAAUGUUCCUUAUCAAUGAUGUCAAGAAGUUAUAAAAUGUUUGUUAGGCAUGUGUCUUAAUGUAAUGACAACUGCGUCUGAGUUGUGGCAACCCAUCCCCUGCUUCUGUUACAUCCUGGCUAAAGACAACUAACACCAGACACUUCAUUAGGGUAAACCUCAUUCUAUUUGGCGACACGCUGCAGUCACAUUUUUGCACCAGUGGACUAGCUACCGGUACUUAAUUAAAUUAGGUAAGAGAAUAAGAUGUUACCGUUGGUGUAUUAAAAUGAGGCUUUUUGUGAUGUCACAAAUCCCACCUCUUAAGUGUUUGACAUGGGGGAGAGGACCAGUAACUUUAUGAUCGAACUUGAUCAAUGUAGAAGCAAAAUUAAUUUUUUUAUACUUCGAUCUGGUUUCAUCCAAAUGUCAUAAACUGAUUUUUGACUGUUCGGGACCUUUAAUAAACCCAGGCCUUAACAUCCACAAUGACUGUGUGCUCACAUUAAAUGUUAUUUUUUAAAGUCAA